CUCGAGCCCGCUCUGGCAGGCGCCUUCUGCAGGCCCUCAUGCCACCUCUGAGCCAGGGUGCCGCAUCGAACUCCUCGACGUUCACUGAAGUGGGGGAGCUUGCGGAGGGCGAGACCGUCGUACACGUGUUCGACGACCGCCGGCGCACAGGCGGCCAUCGCGACUACUUGUGCCGCGUGGAGGAGGAUGAGGAAGCGCGGUGGCUCAAGGCGGCAGAUGUCCCUGGGGAGUGCCUGACCGUCUGGGAGGCGGGCGAGGCUGCCAGGAUCGACAAGAGAGACUACGACCGCAGCAAGGACUCGCGCAAGCGGAAGCGGGACGCAGAGGCGAAAAGCGAGGUGCAGACCUUCCGUGACACAGAGCAGGGCAAGAUCCUGCUCUCACAGGGGAUCAAUACGCGCUCAGACGCCGCGCCGAACCGCAAAUCGGACUGCAUCCGGGCGUUGGGACGCAUGCGGCAAGAGAACUUCAAGCUGCACACGAUCCGUACGAGUGACCCGAAGCGGGCGCGACGCCGCCCGCCCGGCCGCUCGAGCACGCCGCCUGCGCGCCCGCCCGCCGCGGCUAUGGUGGACGCGGUGAUGGCCGGCAGGGCGUUCGGCGCCUUGGCCGGCGACUUCGACUACGUCGGGAAGCAUGCAUUCACGAUCCACGGGUUCAAGAAGAAUGGCAAAAUCCCCCCCGAGCCCACCUUCGGCCGGAUUUUCCGCCUCGAGGGCGACCCGCCUGAGCACCGUCCGCGGGAGCAGGACUACUACGUGAGCGAGGUUGAGGAGGUUGUGCCCCUCGGCAUGGCCGUCUGCACGCACGAGGCCAUCAGCCUCGCCGACGUCCUCGAUACGAUGGAGCGCCAGGCCAUUGAGGCGCGCAACUCGCAACCAGGCCGUCUGCGCCAGCAUCAAGGAGGGAAGGGCACCGCCAUCAGCAAGCGACCGAAAUCUGCCGUGAUGCUGCUGGUCUACGGUGCGCGCUACAAGCCCGACGCAUAUCGUGCUAAAAUCGGGCGCCUCGCCGCAAAGAAGUCGGCGACCGCAGGCCCUCGCGCGCACCGCAGCGUAGACCAGCCCAAGCCUGAGGGUGGCUCGUCAGCUGCCGACGCGGUGCGAGGCAUGUUUGGUCUGUAGGCCUGGCGGGUGUCGCUCUCUCUGGUGUCCAGUCCUCGCGACAGUCCGAACAUAGUUAGAGGCUGUGCAGGCCGUCCCGUGUGCACGUUUGCAUAAAAAACGCCCCGCGGCUCUCUCUCUGCGGCGCAGACUGGA